AUGGCCACCGCCGCAACCGCCGCAACCGCCAAAAUCCUUCCGUUCCUCACCACCACCACUUUCCAAUCCUCGCUUCGCUGCCGACACGCAGCACGGCGGGUCCCAACCUCGCCGCUCCACGCCGAGCACCGCGCUCCCGCGGUCGCGUCCUCUGCUCGCCUCGGCGGAACCCGCAGGACUCAGGCUUCCCAGCCCGUCCUCCCACCCCGUGCGGCCACUUCGUACUACGCGGCGACCGCGGCGGAAGAUAUGUCUGACCCGGAGCUGAGGCUGGUGCUCGAGCUCGCCACCGACGAGGAGCUGCUGGAAUUUGAGGAGAUACUCUACGGUACCAGUUAUCUCAGCCCAGUGAUAAAAUCAAUCGCAAAAAGGCCGAACUCUGUUUCUGUUGUUGCUCUGGAUGAUAUCGAGGAGAGAGAUGUUUUCAUCUCAAAAUUAGAGUCCAGGUUCUUGUAUCUUGCUGCAGAUGCCCGCUCAAUUAUAAGGGGCUGGAGACCAUCAUACAGGAAUGUCUUACUUCAAGUAAGAAAAGAACUUGGUGUCCAAUGCUCCAGUAAAUUAUGUACUGCGGACCUGGAGGCAGAAAUAUUUCUACAUCUCCUGGAUGAAUAUUCAAGCCGCCAGAAGGGAUCACUCUCAUUUCCAUGGGAUAAACAGAGAUCUCCGAAAGAAAAACCCAGAUUUGAAGUAAAUAACUGGAAGGUGCUUACUGAUGCUGCUUGGAGGAUUGGGUCAAAGGGACUAGAAAGUACAUUCUUGAAGGGUGGGAGUGCAUUGACAGUGAAAACAAUCUAUGAAUCGUUAGCCAAGAGACUGUCUGGAAAGCUGCUGAUGGAGACAGCUAAUUAUGAGAUAAAGAAAGAACUUGUUAAGCAGGGUGGCCGAUUAGCUGCUGUUAACCUUGAAUCUAGAGUUGGCUUGCUUGCAGCUGAACAGGGUUUGGCUCGUGCAGCUUCUAGAUAUGUUGGUCUUAGGAGUUUCAUGACUUUACUCGGACCAAUAAUGUGGGGCACACUCUUGGCUGAUAUUGUGAUUCAGAUGCUCGGGACCGAUUAUGCUAGGAUCGUGCAGGCAAUCUAUGCGUUUGCUCAGAUUCGUCUCACUCGGUCGUGUUACAUGGAGUCUCGUGAAGAAUGACAAGAGAACAUCAUUGGACAAGCCUAAGUGAGCUUCUGACAUUGUGCAUCAUUACUGCUCUAUAGUGUACAUUAUUGAUCAUGCAGAUCAAAAUCUGGUGCACUACUCCACGAUAACCCCUUGAGCUCUUGGUAGUGCAUAGAUAACAGAUCAAUUGGUAGAUAGCAAGGACAGAAAAGAAGUACAUCGGCCCUUCACGCCUUUCAAUUUGCAGAAGGCUCGUGGCUGCUUAAUAUGUGAGAAUAUGGUGUAAAUCUUAGGGAAAAUUACGGUGUCAAGAUUAAAAUGGUACAGCGGUACUACUUAACAAAUAGCUCACGGUGGCCAUUUGGGCCACCUACUCUGUGAAGGCGGUAGUUGUGGAUGAAUAUACAUCCGCUUCACACUUCCACGGGGUGCCGAAGUUAUAGACCAUGCGUUCCAUUCUGUUCUAGCUAAACAAUUGUAAAAUAGCGGUUCCCUGAUGUUAAACUACUGCACCCUACCAUUCAGUUAGGCAAGGCAUACUUCGUUGAGCUUACUUCAUGCUUAUACCAUUCAUCUGUAUCUUAUAGAUAUCCUCGCACCGCA